GGGAAUCAAUUGGAAACGACACUAGUUCUGCUAAAGCCCGACGCCAUCCAGCGUGGACUGGCUGGUGAAAUAGUGAGCCGGUUAGAGAAGACCGGCCUGAAGAUCAAGGGCAUGAAGCUGUUGCAUGUAUCACAGGAGCUCGCCAAUCAACACUACGGCGAGCACGUCGGCAAGCCAUUCUUCGACGGCCUAGUGUCGUUUAUCACGUCGGGACCCAUAGUCGCGAUGGCGCUGGAAGGAAACGGCGCAGUCGCGAUUGUCAGGAAGACAAUGGGAGCGACCAACCCCGCAGACUCGCCACCCGGGACGGUAAGGGGCGAUUACGGAAUCGACAUUGGCAGGAACCUCGUCCACGGGGUCGGACUCGGUCGAGUCUGCGAAGCGUGA